GAGGGAAGUGGCCCGAGCCGCAGAGGGGGCGUGACGGGGCACGGGCCAGGGCGGUUUGCGGGGGGCGGGGUGGCUUGACAGUUCUCCUGGUUGGCAGCCUGCCUCUGUGGGGUGUCUCACAGUUGAAGGUCUGAGUGCCAGGGUCCAGGCAGAGACACCUGGUUGGGAAGGCCCCGCCCCACCAUGUGGCCGCAGCCCCUGCUACUGCUGCUCCUGCUCGUGGCAUCUACCCCCGAGGACCAAGCUGCACCCAUCUCCGUCCCUGAGCAUGCCCACGGGCACAAUCACGCCCCCGGGGGGCCUGACACUUCCGAAGGUCCGGAGCUGGGGCCCCUGGGCCUGCUGGGCAUCCACAGCCUCCUCCGCAGCCUCAACCGCCUCCUCCUUCGCGAAGAUCUGCUUCGGGGUGUGGACAGCCUCAUGACACCUUCGGUGGACUUUAGGAGCCUCCCCCCCAAUUACCACAAUGAGGACCAGAAACAACAUCACUUGGGUAACAGCACUGUCUACAGUCACCACCAGAUAGACAAGGUGACUGAUAAUCGGACUGGAGAUGUGAUGAUUUCAGAGAAGAUGGUGGCUGCAAUUGAGCCUUCAGAAGGGAACGUGGAGGAUGAUUGGAAGGCACCUGAAGAUGAGGAGAAUGAACCACCCCAGCCUCUUCCCAACAGUGGACUGAGCAGCUCCCAUGCCGAAGCCCAGCCCAGAGUGUCUUUCUGGAUCGUCAGGCUGCCACAUCGGAUGGCCCGAGCUGAGAGCCGAGCUGGGAGCCGCUGGCUCAGCGAGAAGCGUCACCGGCUUCAGGCUAUCCGGGAUGGGCUUCGGGAGGGAGCCCACGAGGAAGCCCCCUUGCACCUCCACCCUGUGCCUCGAAGGGCUCACUUUCUCUACCUCCUGAGGCCCCCCCAGCAGCUUUAGGCUACAGGGGUUGGCAAAGAGGCAGACUGAAGGCAGUAGCAGAAAUGAGAGGCAAGGAUGCCUGCAUCAGCCCCUCAGUCUCCUUGAAAAUAAAUAAAAAUUCUAUCUUCAGUGAGAACGGCAUCAAGGUUGUCAUCUCUGGCCGUUCUCUGUCAUAGC